CAGUUUUUAAGAAUUAUUAAAAAAAUAGAUUUAUUUUCGAUCCCAUAUUAACUGUUUUUAAUAAAUUACACCUUGUAUAUAAUUAUAUUAUUAUGUUAUUAGAUUGCAUGCGAGAUAAGACAUUCGAGGAAUUUUGCCACAAUUGAUUGUUGAGCGCGUCUCCUUAUCGCGAUAAGGCCUAAUGAGAUAAAAUGAUAAGGUUCGCGAGUGACAUUGGUUUUUUAGUGCACUUGUUUUCAACGACACCAUGUACAUAUCGGGAAAUAUUUAAAUCUAAAAAUUACAUAAUUCUUACAUAUUUCGUGAGUUUUUUUCGUCGUCAUGCUGCGACGACUGAGAUUCAAAUCGAUAGCCCCACCAGCGACACCAUUGCAAGAUUUCACCUAUCAUUGGAAACAAUUGAUGAACUUCUAUGUGAGUCACCUGACUGAUUGCAAGGUGCCUGUACAAAACACCAGCAUACCCCGGCAUCUAGAUGUAUUACUGGAUAUCUUGUUGCAAGAGGAGAAAGAGGAGAAUGAGCCAGGACCAUGCCUGGAAUAUCUAUUACAGCAUAAACUCUUGGAUCUUCUGGCGACCUUGGCUAGCGCAGAGACGCCACCUGGCAUGCGAACAGUUUGCCUUGCUUUUCUGAGAAAAUUUUUGGGCAGAUCAAAAUAUCCCUUACUGCACCAUGCAUCUAUCUAUGCUCCAAUACAACGGCUAGUGGCACUCUGCAAUGGUAAUCCACCAUCACCAAUUGAGGCUGAAGAGGUGCAGUUCCUGUUAACAAUCUGUUUUCUGGUAUGCAAAUACCCUCAUGUUACUAACAUUAUCAAUGAUGCGCCAGUUGUACAGGCAGUCAACAAUCCUGCCAAGAAAGAUAAUGAGAGGACAGAGAUACAGAGGGUGACGUAUGUCCCAAUUAGAAAAAGGAAUAAUUCCAAUCCCCUGUUCGAGCCUUUAGAUACCCAAGCAAUCACAUUGAUCAACCCGAAUCUCUUUCACAAGGAAUGCCGAAGAUUGCCACGUUCGAAUCAUGCUUUCAAGACCGCGUCAGAUCCUGGACAUUUGUCCAGAAGAUCGAACGAGUCAGUAUCCUCGAGGGAAGAGAGCAUAUCGUCGAGUCCCCUGGCCCAAAAAUCCAUUUGCGAUUCGCCCUCGAUGGAUACAAAAAGCAGCGAACAGUGGGAAGAAAAAAGUGGGAGCGACCCUUCAGGGAGUAAAAUCGAUGAACAUUUACAAAACUUACGAGACUUGCGAUUGGAUACCGAUUGUAAUGUUUACGAUGACGCGAGUUACGUGGCAAAUGAUAGUCAGAGUUUAAAAUCGCCGAAGAAAUCGGAGAAGUCAAAGUGUCUCUUACUGGACUCCUUGAUGAGCUAUUUAAAUAGCGCGGACAAUACUGUGAGAAUACGAGCAUGCGAGGGAAUAAUGGUUCUAGCGUCCCUGGAUGAUCCUUCGUUCGCGCAAACGGUGACCAGGAGUAAGCUUCCAUCGAUAGUCUCGACUCGUCUGGAGAAUCUGUUCAAUACCAUUCCAGCGCACGUGGACCACUUGGAUAUCUACAACGUGGACGUCACGUGGGGCCUGGACUCACCGUUGUGGACCCAGGAAAAGAAGUUUCCCGGUUGCCGGCAAGUGGCGGCGUUCUUCAUGUGGUACGACUACUGUGAUCAAUUGAUUAGAGAGGCCCAGAUGGAACUUGCCGAAAUGUUGGCGAGGACCAUUCGAGUGAUGUUCUUCGAGAGGAUAGUGACGCCUGCUCUGGCCGAUCAUCACGUCGUUCUUAUUACGGCUCUUGUCGCCAAGUGCUUAAAGGAGACGACCUCUUCCAUAUUGUGCACAGAGGUGAGUUACUGGCUGGUCGGGCAAGACAGAGAUCCGGAAAUGCUAAAUGUAUGGACAUCUCCGGUACUGCAUAGAUUAAUAGAGAACUGCUUCACGGACAGUAACGAUCUUACUGUAGAAACAUUGAAAUUAUUUGACGAAGCAAUAGAUAAAAGAAACGAGCAUGUACUACACUGUCUCUUACUGAUUUAUCUGUCAACGCGAGCGUAUUAUGAUAACACAGCUGCCGAUAGUGCUAUCGCUUCCUGGAGUGAUGAGGAAGACGAAAGAGAGAAGGAGAAGAAAGGAUCUCUGGACCUUUCCUAUGAACAAAAUCACAGCCGUACUUUAGCACCAAGCAAUAUUCAUCGAGUUAUUAAUUGUUUCCUGUCGUUGAUACCACGUUACUUGCAAACGGACCCGGACGUAAAUAACUAUGAAAAAUAUAUGCCAGCUUGGGGACAUCAAUACACCUCGGUAUUGGCCGACUGCGCUCUGAUGGCGUGGCCGUUGGAAGCGGUGAUGGUAGACGAUUCCGCGAGUUCCGACUCGCGGCCGGAAGCCGAUCAUUGCUCGGGUCGAUUCUAUAUGGGACCAUUCCUGAGCAUGCUCUUUGAUAAAAUCAGCAACAUGCCGAAACAGACGUACGAGGUCAACUUAGAGAUCACAGGGUUGAUCUCCAGAUUGGCGCUACUCCCGCACCCGUACCUGCACGAGUUUCUAUUGAAUCCUCUGCUACCUCUGAUACCUGGCACGAAGAGUUUAUUCUCGUGCUUACAGAAGGUUGUCAAACAGCUUGUUAGCGAAAUACCAAAGACACCAGAGAAUAAGAUAAUGCUGGCGGAGACGAGACAGAGAUUGCUGAGUAAUUGUUCUCAAGAAGAGGAGAAGGAAAACAUUCUAUAUGAAAGCGCUAUAGUAACAGAGGAAUUUUGCAAGGAUCUCGCAGCCAUAGCAUAUGUUAAGUAUCAUCAUUCUGUUUAACAAAUUUCUACAUAUAUGAGAUAUCUGUUAAACAGAAUGGCAGUACUUUAGUGUAAUUUAUAUAAAUAUUAAUAUCAAAAUCAUGUAACUAUCUAUACUUUAAGUAGCAAAUACCUUUUGUGAUGACUUUGUAAGAUACAUAAAUCUAUAAUUAAGUAUGACGCAAAAUAUGUUCAAUUAAACUAUUAUUAUCAAGAAUUA